AUGGGCCCCUGUACCGCCUCCUCAUGCUGCUGCCAGGCCCGUAAUCUGCCAUGGGCCCCUGUACCGCCUCCUCAUGCUGCUGCCAGGCCCCCUAAUCUGCCAUGGGCCCCUGUACCGCCUCCUCAUGCUGCUGCCAGGUCCACAGUGUGUCAUGGGUCCCUGUACGGCCUCCCAUUGCUGCUGUCUCCAUCGCCACACUCUGCCAUGUGCCACUUUCAGGUCUCCUCACACUGCUGCUGGGUUCCAUUUUGUCAUAGGGUGCUGGCAGAUUACGGGCCUCCCAUUUGCUGCUGCCAGGCCCCUAAUCUGCUCUGCCAUGGGCCCCCUGUACCGCCUCCUCAUGCUGCUGCCAGGUCCACAGUGUGUCAUGGGUCCCUGUACGGCCCUCCCAUUGCUGCUGUCUCCAUCGCCACACUCUGCCAUGUGCCACUUUCAGGUCUCCUCACACUGCUGCUGGGUUCCAUUUUGUCAUAGGGUGCUGCA